CGCGCCACCGUGACGUCACUGCCCCGCACCGAGACACGAAGGACACGGCGCCCGCAGCGGGAGCGGGACCGGUACCGGGAGCGGGGCUGAGGCUGAGCCGGGGAGCGGCGGCGCCAUGAGCGGCUACAGCGAGGACGAGAAACUGCGGCUGCAGCAGCUCCGGGCCCUGCGGCGCCGCUGGCUGCGGGACCAGGAGCUGAGCGAGCGGGAGCCCGUCCUGCCGCCGCGGCAGCUGGGCCCGGUGGCCGCCUUCUGGGAACGCUUCCUGCAGCCCGGGGGGCUCUGGCGGCAAGGGGUGUUCAAGGUUUUCCAGACCGGCGGCUACGUCCUGACGCGGGUCCUGAUCCCCGCCUGGGUCAUCCUCUACUACCUGAAGUACCACGUGGCGAGGGAACCUGCUCCAGGGGGCUGUGUUACAGCCAGGGCUGCAGCACUGGCAGCCACUCCAGUUUGAAUCCCAGCAGUGAAA